GCCUAUAUGGGCGGCUGACAGACAACAUUAAAAUUUCAAAACAGACUCGCAUGAUUCGUACACUAUAUAUCCCCCCAUUUCUUUACAACAAGACAAAACCAAACCAAACCCAUUCAUAUUCCUCUAUUCAACACCCCACUCGCCGGAGCUCCACUUGCCGGAACCCCCCAUCACCACGUCACCCCCUUUGUCCUUUUCUGCAUUCUGUUUCUUACACUCAUCAUAUACUUACUUACACACACCCUUAUAUCUAUAUUUCUAGAGAGAGAAACUUUGCCAAGUUUCAGGGAAGGAGGCAUGCCUGUGUUCUUUCCAACAAAGGUGGACGGGUGUUGAGGCGUUUGUUGACCAGUCAACUUUGUCUGAUAACUUGAGUUUGAAAAUGGGAUCUUCGACGCCACAUCAGCAAAGUACGAAGCAAAUAGGUUUUCAGUUUCAGUUUCAAGAUCAAGAUUCAUCGUCAACUCAGUCAACAAGUCAAUCGUAUCCUGAAGUAACUAGUGCUGGAGAUAGCUGCAAGUAUUGGGAAAAGUAUCCGGUUCAAUCAGCUCACGGGACACAUGAAGAUGGUAGCGUGGGGUCCGCUUUGCCUAAUGGUACUCAAGAUUUUGCUUUUGCUUCUCAACCUGAUCACAAGCAGCAAUAUGCUUGUAUUCCACUUCCAUACUAUCAUGGGAUGUUUGCGCCUUAUGGCUACGGGUCACAAGCUAUGCUUCCUCAUUUUCAAGGAAUGAACAUAACGUCUACGCGGGUCCCACUUCCUCCCGAUUUUUCGCAAGGUGAAGCCAUAUAUGUCAACGCAAAACAGUACAGCGCCAUUCUUCGUAGGAGACAACAACGUGCAAAACUUGAGGCGCAAAACAAGCUUUUAAAACCUCGAAAGCCAUAUCUCCAUGAAUCAAGACAUGUUCAUGCACUCAAGAGGGCAAGAGGACCCGGUGGGCGGUUUUUAAACUUGAAAAAGAUUCAAGAAACUCAACCCGACGACUCAACCAACGAACAAGACGACAUGGAACUCGCACCGAGUUUCGAAAACAAUCAUGGUGGCAGCUCAGACAGCACAACCACCUCAAAUGUGGACAACUACUUCCACCAUCAAGAACUCAAGUUCUCUCUCUACGAUUCUCAUUCUGACGGCCCCACACAAACCGAUGGGUUCGGUGGGACCCACCACAUGUUUCGCUGACGAACCAACGACCGACCGAAAUCCGUAAUUUCGGUUGUUGGUUCAUCAGGCAUGUCAUCCUUGGCUCUUUACUUUCUGUCAUUAGUUCCUUAGGUUAUUAGGAGUAAUGCAUCACAAGGGGAUCCAGGUGGUGAUAUUUUUAUUUAUUUAACAUGUUUUUAAAUUUUUAAAUUUCAAAACCAAGUUCGUGAUAUUUUAUGUUUAAGGAACCGUUUUUAA